UCUGAGAGAGACUUCGCCUGCAAACCUCUUCUUGAUCUCCAAAAUAAACCUCUGAACACGGCGAAUGUUCAACUAAAGGUGUGCAGCUCCACAUGGCAUACAGCAGUCUAGAGAAAUGAACAGUCCCAGGACUGAUGAAUUUAUUACAGGAUGAUGAACAGACAGAAUUGAUGAUCCACUGAACACUGAAGAAAGAGACGAAGAAGAAAACAUCAUCAUGUCAAAGAGGCAAGGCAGAGAAAGUGUUGCUGAAACUCCUGAUCACAGCAGAAGAAAGAGCAAAAGUCCACCUAUGAACUUUGGAAAGGAGGAUGAAGAGGAGGUGAAGGGAGCAAACGAAGAGACUGAAACAACAGCAUUCAGCACAGAUCGAGGGAAAAUCGAUACUAUAAUCCACAGACUUCAUCUUGAAAACUGGUGGUACUAUAAACUGAGAGCUACAGAUGUUCUUCAGAUUAAUGAAUAUUCAUUACAGUUUCAGGAGUCUUGUGGUGAAGAGGAGCUGAUUCAGACUUACAUACAGAAACUACUGAUGAUGAACUAUAAAGCAAGAUACAUUACAGUUAAAAUAACCAAUGAAGAUGACUCAGAAGAUGACUUUGAUAUUUUCAGUGAAAUGUAUUUUGCUAAAGACUUGAAUCAAUCUGAGCAAAUUCACCCGAUGGAUGUUCAGAUGGCUGUGUUUCAUUGUUCUGAUGGUUUCCUGAAGCAGCUGAUGGUCACUAAACUGUCCCAGUGUCAGUUCGCUCUGCCUCUGCUUGUUCCUGAUCCAGAAACACAACAGAUUGAGUUUCCUCUCUGGACAUUCAGACAAAUCACCAAGAGCUGGAAGAUCAGAAACACCAACAAUGAAACCAUCAGUCAAACCCAGCCCAUCUACAAGGCACAAACUCCAAUGGUGUUCUUCUUCAGGUUUGGCUCUGUGUCUUCAUCCAAGUCUCAGCUGAUGAACAGUCUGAUCAAUGACAAACACAACACGUUCUUCCACAGGAACUGCCCAGGCAGCAGCAGAUCCAGAGUCCUGAUGGAUGGAGUGGUGGAGAUCGCCUGGUUCUGCCCUUCUGGGAAAAACACAGAUAAAUUCACUGACUGUGUGGCCUUCUGUAAUCUACAUGGAGAUGCAGGAGACCACGAGAAACAGUGGAGGAUCCUCACUGAGAUGGCCUCAGUCAAUGUGGUACUUCUGCCACAAGUGAACAAGAAUGACAGACAUGCAGAAAAGAUCCAAAUCUUGUCCAAGAACAGAAAGCCACUUAUUUGCCUUCUUAGUGAGGGUCAAUCUACUCUAACUAAGAUGAAAAAAAGAAAAUAUAAGAUCGGUCUAAAAGACAGAAAUCAGUCAGAAGUAUCUGAAGAACUUAUGAAAGCAAUAAAUGAUUGUCUCUCAGAAUCAUCUCCCACUUUCAGACUUGAAGAUGUGUCCAAACACUCAGACAUCAGAGUAGAUGAGGAAGAUGAUGAAGACUGCAGGAGAGGAAGAGCAGCAGCACAGCAGAUGAUCAGUUUACUGGAGGAGAAAAAACUGACAGAAAUCAAAGAAUCAUUUCUGCCUCAUCAGGGGAAACUGUGGCAUCAGUGGAGUCAGAAGAACAAAGAACUACAUCGACCUCAAGGAGAUGAGAUAGAAAUGGACAUCAGUAGAAAACAAACAGAAAUGAAGAAAAUCCGUCAACAGCAGCAUGAGUCUGACAUCAGUGUCUUCAUAAAGGUCUUUGUUAAAAAAAUUAACUCACAUAAUGAACAAGAAAAGAAGUUUUUCCUCAAAUGGCUCAAAAUUCUCCUGGAUGAACAUACAUCAGCUGACCUGUCGGCUCUACACCACAAAUAUGAUCAAAGUUGGUCAAUAGUCAUGAAACUAAAAAAGAACCAUAACAAAUCUGAACAACUCAAAGCAGAACAAGCUGAACUUGAGAGAAUAUCUGAGGAUCUUCAAGCUGCAGCCUUUGGUCUGGAGCACAUCAUGAGGGAGAUCGGUCAGAUCUAUGUUUCAUGUUCAUCUGUGAAGGAGAACAAGAAAGAUCUGCCGGUUCACUUCUUUUCUCUCCCGAGUCUCGCAGCAGAGAUGAUGAUCUCUGGGUUUCCACUGGAGCUGAUGGAUGGAGAUGCUGCUCAUGUUCCUCUGGUCUGGAUCUCUGCUGUUCUUGAUGAACUCAUCCAGAAGCUGGGAGACCAGACCAGAGUCUUUGUGCUGUCAGUUUUAGGGCUUCAGAGCUCUGGGAAAUCCACCAUGCUGAACGCCAUGUUUGGACUCCAGUUUGCCGUCAGUGCUGGCAGGUGCACCAGAGGAGCUUUCAUGCAGCUGGUCAAAGUGUCUGAGGAGAUGAAAACACAGAUGAACUGUGACUAUAUUCUGGUUGUUGAUACUGAGGGUCUUCGUGCUCUAGAACUGGCUGGAAGAUCAACAAGACAUCAUGACAAUGAAUUGGCCACAUUUGUUGUUGGUCUUGCAAAUCUGACACUGAUCAACGUCUUUGGAGAAAACCCGUCUGAGAUGCAGGAUGUUCUUCAGAUUGUUGUGCAGGCCUUCAUAAGGAUGAAGAAGGUCAGACUGAAUCCCAGUUGUGUGUUUGUGCAUCAGAAUGUUUCAGACAUCACAGCUGGAAAGAGAAACAUGGAGGGUAGAAGACGAUUGCAGGAAACACUGGAUAAGAUGACCAAACUUGCUGCUGAAGAGGAAGUCUAUGAUGCAGAACGCUUCAGUGAUGUCAUUAGAUUUGAUGUUCAGAAUGAUGUGAAGUAUUUUGUUCAGCUCUGGGAGGGCAGUCCACCAAUGGCUCCACCAAACCCAAACUACUGUGAGAAUAUUCAGGAGCUGAAGAAAUCUAUUCUGUUAAAUGUCUCGAGAUCAGAUGGACUGUUGUUGACACACUUAAAAGAUUGUAUUAAAGAUCUCUGGGAGGCUUUACUGAAUGAAAGAUUUGUCUUCAGCUUCCGGAAUUCUCUGGAGAUUUCUGUCUACAGGAAACUGGAGACCGAAUACAGCAAGUGGUAUUGGAGUCUCCGCAGGUGCGUGAUGGAAACCGAGAACAAACUACACAACCAAAUAGAAAAUGAAGCAAUUCAUAAGGUUGCGGAAAUUGAUCUUUACAAUGAACUGAAGAAGACAAGUGAAGAAGUGGAAAAACGGAUGACUGAGUUUUUUGAGAAGGAUCCAGAUGCAGAUAUACUGAUUCAGUGGAGAACAUCAUUUGAAAUCAAAAGCAAAGAGCUUCAGGAGAACAUUGUGAGAGAAACAAAGGAGAAAUUAAAUGACAUUCUUCAGCAACGAGACAUGAAGAAAAAGAUUGAUGCUCUCAAUGUAAAGAGCACAGAACUGGCCUUACAACUUAAAGACAAAACCAACAAUAAAGAAACACUGAUGAAAGAGUUUAAUUUGUUUUGGGAACAGAGUGUGAAGAAGAUCAUCAGAGACACUCCUAAAUUCAGAGACAUCAACAUAAUGAGAGAUCUUUCUCUAAUCCUCAGUGAUGUCUAUGGAAGUUUAUUCAAAGACAGCAGUUCAAGCAAUGACUACGCCGAUAUUUUCACUGUGCAGAGUUAUUCAGAUUAUGUGAAGAUGAAAAAAUCUUCUAGAUUUUCAUUAAAAUUCAAAUAUGCCAGAGGUGAGACUCUGUCUAAAGAGGAUGAAGCUGAAAUUAAAUCAUUCAUCACAGAUGUUGCUCAGCAGACAAACCAAUUGAUUCAGUCAUUUAACAUUACAAAGAUGGGCUACAACAUCAGCCUCAUUCAACAACUCAUAGAUUAUAUCAAGGCAAGAAUAACACAACAUGUGGAAGGAGCAGUGAAAUAUAAGUUCACAAAUAAAUUCUUCAUUGAUUUGCUUUAUUCUAUCUGUAAAAGAGCAAACAAGACAAUCACUGAACAACACAGCCUCUUCAGAGAAGACAAUGAUCCUGAAAUAUAUUUAAAGAAAAAAAGAGAAGAGUACUACAGUAUUUUCCAGAAAUACUUUGAAAUGAGAUUUGGAAUUUGAAUUGAUAUCAGACUGUGAAUCCCUGAGUGGAAAAAAGAUCAAAUUUGGAGAAACACAUCCUGAAGACACUGGCAGAAGAGGAGGACUUUGACAAAUACAUGAACUACAUU